UGCACCUGUCCAAAUGAACCGAAGAGCCAUUUUGUUGUGCAAGCUAGCCGUUUGGGCAAAAGAAAACAAAAACAAAAAGAAAGAAAUCGUCCCCCUUGUCAGCAUGAAUAACACGGACUGGUGACACAAACCCUAAUCAUUACGCGGCUUCGAUUUAGUUUUGCUAGCUCAAGAUGUUGAAAUUUAACCAACUCAUCAAACGUUUUGUGGAUUAGCACUGAUGCUAAUGCGUUGCGGCUACUACCUCAAGUAUGCUACAGUUACAGAAGCACACUGUUGGCUAGCUAGCUGCUCUUUAUUGUUUUAUUUGCUUGAGCGACCUAACAUUACUCAGGGUUUUCUCGCAGAUGUUCUGUAUGAAGACCGUGGCAUAUUUUCUCAUAACCGAAGAUACGUGGUUCAAGGAAUACGCUUUAUAUGGUAACUAGACGGCUGGGCAUUCAAAGGAAAAACUUGGCAAAAACACUUGGAAGGAGCAAACGUUAAGCUUUAGAGCUAAUCUGAUCAUGGCCGAAGACACCAGACAGGAGAAGAGGGCCAACUUCUCGGCUUUAACGGACACCAACGGGAUGACCAGGACAUCCUCCAUGUCUUCUGGAAAAUCUGGCACUUCCAAGAAAUUAGUAAUAAAAAAUUUGAAAGAUCGGCCCAAAUUAUCCGAGAACUACACUGAGGACACUUGGUUGAAACUGCGAGAUGCAGUCAGUGCCAUCCAGAACAGCACAUCCAUCAAGUACAGCCUUGAAGAGCUCUAUCAGGCUGUGGAGAACCUGUGUUCGUAUAAAGUCUCGCCCACAUUGUACAAGCAACUACGGCAGGUAUGCGAGGAUCACGUGCAGGCCCAGAUCUACCAGUUCAGAGAAGAGUCUAUGGACAACCUUUCUUUCCUGAAGAGGAUGAAUCGCUGCUGGCUGGAUCACUGCCGGCAAACUAUCAUGAUUCGAAGCAUCUUUCUCUUCCUGGAUCGCACGUAUGUGCUGCAAAGCUCCUUGCUCCCCUCCAUCUGGGAUACCGGGCUGGAAUUGUUCCGUAUCCACAUCGUAAGUGACAGCGUUGUCCAGAACCGUACCGUCGAAGGCAUUUUGGAGCAGAUCGAACUGGAGCGCAACGGCGAGACAGCUGACCGCAGUUUGUUGAGAAGCUUGCUGGGAAUGCUUUCACACCUCCAGGUCUAUAAAGUGGCUUUUGAAGAGCGAUUUUUGUCUGAAACAAAUCGCUUGUACGCUGCGGAGGGACAGCGUUUGAUGCAAGACAGAGACGUGCCCGAGUACCUGCACCAUGUGGCUCGUCGGUUGGAGGAGGAGAACGAUCGCGUCGUGAGCUACCUGGACCUGAGCACCCAGAAGCCUCUCAUUAACUGCGUUGAAAAACAACUUUUAGGAGAGCACAUGUCCACAAUACUGCAAAAGGGAUCGAGCAUUCUUUUGGACGGGAACCGUGUGACGGAGCUGGCCCUCCUUUACCAACUGUUCAGCAAGGUGAAGGACGGACUGUCCACUUUGCUGCAGUUUUGGAGGGACUACAUCAAGACCUUUGGCGAAGAGAUUGUUUGUACACCGGAGAAAGACAAGGACAUGGUACAAGAGCUGCUGGACUUCAAGGACAAGAUGGACAAUGUGGCUCAGAGCUGCUUUGCACGGAGCGAAGGCUUCAUCAAUGCCAUGAAGGAGGCCUUUGAGACGUUUAUCAACAAAAGGCCUAACAAACCCGCAGAACUCAUCGCUAAAUACGUGGAUUCGAAGCUAAGAGCCGGUAACAAAGAGGCAACAGAGGAAGAGCUGGAGAGAAUUCUCGACAAGAUCAUGAUCAUAUUCCGCUUCAUUCACGGAAAAGAUGUCUUUGAAGCGUUUUACAAGAAAGACUUGGCCAAGCGUCUGCUGGUUGGCAAGAGUGCUUCUGUCGAUGCUGAAAAGUCAAUGCUGUCCAAGCUGAAACACGAAUGCGGAGCAGCAUUUACCAGUAAGCUAGAAGGGAUGUUUAAGGACAUGGAACUCUCCAAAGACAUUAUGAUCCAGUUCAAGCAGUACACGCAAAACCAGAGCGAGCCAAGCAACAUUGAACUAACCGUCAACAUCCUGACCAUGGGCUACUGGCCUUCGUACUUGCCCAUGGAAGUCCACUUGCCCUCAGAAAUGGUAAAACUCCAGGAAGUGUUUAAGCUGUUCUACUUGGGAAAGCACAGCGGGAGAAAACUGCAGUGGCAGCCCACACUCGGCCACGCUGUGCUGAAGGCAGAGUUUAAAGAAGGAAGGAAGGAGCUGCAGGUCUCCCUGUUCCAGACGUUAGUGCUGCUGAUGUUCAACGAGGGUGAAGAAUUCAGCAUGGAGGAGAUCGGUACUGCCACGGGUAUAGAGGAGGGCGAGCUCAAACGUACAUUGCAGUCCCUGGCCUGUGGAAAAGCCCGCGUCCUCAAUAAGAUUCCACGGGGGAAAGACGUGGAGGACGGAGACCGUUUCAGUUUCAAUAACGAUUUUAAACACAAACUUUUCCGCAUCAAGAUCAACCAGAUCCAAAUGAAAGAAACCGUAGAGGAGCAGGUCAGCACCACAGAGCGGGUGUUUCAAGACCGGCAGUAUCAGAUUGAUGCCGCUGUGGUACGCAUCAUGAAGAUGAGAAAGACUCUGAGUCACAACUUACUCGUGUCGGAGCUCUACAACCAGUUGAAGUUCCCCGUCAAGCCUGGCGACUUGAAAAAGCGUAUCGAGUCCCUCAUCGACAGAGACUACAUGGAGCGGGACAAGGAGAGUCCGAACCAGUACCACUAUGUCGCCUGAGGGGAGGGCGGCAGCACUACAAAGCCAUGUAUUCGUUAAGUGUACGUACGGCUGGCCCCACCAUCCUUCAGCCACCAAGUUUCUUCUUGGUGCCACGAUAUUGGGCGCAGCAUCCAGAUGAUUUAUUGAUCCCGAGUCCAGACUUGCCUGGGUUUUGUCCCACAUGCCAUGGCUCUGGAGUUAAGUCUGAGAGGAGGCUGCAGGUGUCCAAACAAAAGACAAGCACUUUCUUUUCACUUUGCUUUGUUUUACUGCUGUGGGAGGGGAUGGUUCGUUUGUUUUUCCCCUCUAUUGCUUUGCUCUGAAAUCAUUUUGAGCGUGAUAUUUUUUUUUUUUGGGAGGGGUAGGUGUUUUAUUUUGCUUGUUUAAGUUCUUCCCCAAGACCCCCGCCCUCCUCAUAAAGUUUGUAAAAUUCGAUUGUUAUGUUUGUGGCUGAUGACAAUGCAGGUGAACUACUUUGGACUAUUUUUGAGGGUAUCUUGUUCGUUUAUUCAAAUUGCUCUAGUGUCACGUGCUGGUUUUUUUCCCCCCAUUUGAAAUUAUUAGGUUGUUUUCAAUGUUACAAUGACAAAAGUAAAUAAAAGCACAUUUAAUGAA